UCUAGGUUGUCAGAGACUCCUUGAGACGUAUGUGUAGAUGUCACGGCCUUUCUGGUAGCUGCUCACAUCAGACCUGCUGGAUGGAAGUUGCACCAUUCGAAGAUAUCGUUAAUGACUUGAUCAAGAAGUAUAAGAAGGCCAUAAGGAUCAAUGCUGAUAGAACCAGUUUUAUUAGAUCUAUCAAUGUUUUAGAUUUUGAGGAGAGAAGCAGAAAAAUCAAAACUAGACAAUUGGUGUUUUUGGACGAAUCCCCUAACUAUUGCUACCCUGAUGAGUUGACUGGUUGGCCAGGCACUUUGGGACGUUUGUGCGUGAAGGAAAAUUCAACAGAUCCAGAGGAAAGAAAGAGCUGCCAGCAACUUUGUAGAAAUUGUGGAUACGAUUUGAGGAAAGAAACUAGAAUUAAACAGAAACGAUGCAAUUGUGCUUUUCGGAUGUGCUGCGAGGUUAGAUGCGAUGUUUGUGACUAUGAAGUCGAGGAAUAUUUCUGUGUUUGAAUUUGAGCACAGAAAUUAUUCAUGUAUGGCAACAGGUAGCCAUGAAAUUUUUGAUCGUACUAUACCUAGGCGGUUUCCUGUUGAGUUUUCAUAGUUUAGAAACAGCUCAGUCAUCUGAGGAACGAAGUGCAAUAUGAAUACCAGUGAAAGAGAGUAAAAUAUGCUAUUAUUUCUCUAUAUAUCUCGAAAUAGUGGGAACUAAAUAUGUUUUUCUGUAUGAAAAUAGUGAACAAGUUUCGAAAACUUUCAUUGGAAAAAGGAACAAACUACAAUAUACUAGUUGAAAGA